UCCGCCCUCAGUCUCCUCAGUGCUCGUCUCCGUGUCCCCCGCUCAUGGCCUUCCUCUGGAUUUCCGGGCCUCCGCUCUCCGUCUGAUCGUCGUCCGCUCCCCGCACUCAUCGUGCCCGGUCUCAGCCAGGACUCCACGCCACGGCUCCGGCCCGGGCCUAGCGCGCCCUCCGGACUACUGCAGGGGGCCGGGGCCAUGUCCAACCAGGGAUCCCGGAGGAACGGACCCGUGAAGCUCCGCUUGACCGUUCUCUGUGCCAAGAACCUGGUGAAGAAGGAUUUUUUCACAGGACUCCCGGAUCCCUUUGCCAAGGUGGUGGUGGACGGGUCUGGGCAAUGCCACUCCACAGACACCGUGAAGAACACCCUGGACCCCAAGUGGAACCAGCACUAUGACCUAUACAUCGGGAAGUCGGACUCCAUUACGAUCAGCGUGUGGAACCACAAGAAGAUCCACAAGAAGCAGGGGGCCGGGUUCCUGGGCUGCGUCCGCCUCCUCUCCAACGCCAUCAACCGCCUCAAGGACACUGGCUAUCAGCGCCUGGAUUUAUGCAAGCUCGGCCCGAAUGACAACGAUACUGUGCGAGGGCAGAUAGUAGUCAGCCUUCAGUCCCGGGAUCGGAUCGGCACCGGGGGGCAGGUGGUCGACUGCAGCCGACUGUUUGACAACGAUUUACCGGACGGGCCGGGCCUCGGGUUCCUGGAAAUAGCACUGACUGCUUUAUCUCUUCCGUGUCUGGAUCGUAGCUGGGAGGAGCGAAGAACAGCCUCGGGGCGCAUCCAGUACCUCAACCACAUCACCCGGACCACCCAGUGGGAGCGGCCGACGCGGCCGGCAUCGGAGUACUCCAGUCCUGGGAGGCCUCUGAGCUGCUUCGUGGAUGAGAACACUCCCAUUACGGGGACCAAUGGCGCCAGCAGCGGGCAGACCUCGGACCCCCGACUGCAGGAGAGAAGAGUCCGGUCGCAGCGGCACAGGAAUUACAUGAGCAGGACACAUUUGCACACCCCGCCCGACCUGCCUGAGGGAUAUGAACAGAGGACCACGCAGCAGGGGCAGGUCUACUUCCUCCACACACAGACUGGCGUCAGCACAUGGCACGACCCCCGGGUGCCCAGGGAUCUAAGUAACGUCAACUGUGAGGAGCUGGGGCCCCUCCCCCCGGGCUGGGAGAUCCGCAACACCGCCACUGGCCGGGUCUACUUUGUGGAUCACAAUAACCGGACCACGCAGUUCACAGACCCCCGGCUGUCGGCCAACCUCCACAUCGUACUCAACCGCCAGAACCAGCUGAAAGACCAACAGCAGCAGCAGCAGCAGCAGCAACAACAGCAGCAGCAGGUGGUGGUGCCCCUGUGCCAGCUGCCCGACGACAUCGACUGUCUGACCGUCCCCCGCUACAAGAGAGACCUAGUGCAGAAGCUGAAGAUCCUGAGGCAGGAGCUCUCCCAGCAGCAGCCGCAGGCCGGGCACUGCCGCAUCGAGGUGUCCCGGGAGGAGAUCUUUGAGGAAUCCUACCGGCAGGUGAUGAAGAUGAGGCCGAAGGAUCUGUGGAAGAGACUGAUGAUCAAAUUCCGUGGAGAGGAAGGGUUAGACUAUGGAGGGGUCGCCAGGGAGUGGCUUUACCUGUUAUCUCACGAGAUGUUGAAUCCGUAUUACGGCCUCUUCCAAUAUUCCCGCGAUGAUAUCUACACACUACAGAUCAACCCAGACUCUGCCGUUAACCCGGAGCAUCUCUCGUACUUCCACUUUGUUGGGCGGAUCAUGGGCAUGGCGGUGUUUCACGGACACUACAUAGAUGGAGGCUUCACGCUCCCAUUCUACAAGCAGCUGCUCGGGAAGCCCAUCACGCUGGACGACAUGGAGUCCGUGGACCCCGACCUCCAUAACAGCCUCGUCUGGAUCCUAGAGAACGACAUCACGGCGGUCCUGGAUCACACGUUCUGCGUGGAGCACAGCGCAUACGGCGAGCUCAUCCAGCACGAGCUGAAGCCCAACGGCAAGACCAUGCCGGUCACAGAAGAAACCAAAAAGGAGUAUGUGAGGCUCUACGUGAACUGGAGGUUCCUGCGAGGCAUCGAGGCGCAGUUCCUGGCCCUGCAGAAGGGGUUCAAUGAGGUCAUCCCGCAGCACCUGCUGAAGACAUUCGACGAGAAGGAGCUGGAGCUGAUCGUCUGUGGAUUGGGGAAGAUCGACGUGAACGACUGGAAGACCAACACACGGUUAAAGCACUGCACCUCGGACAGCAACAUCGUCAAGUGGUUCUGGAAGGCGGUGGAGUCCUUCGAUGAGGAGCGGAGGGCCCGGCUGCUGCAGUUUGUCACCGGAUCCUCCAGAGUCCCCCUGCAGGGCUUCAAGGCGCUGCAAGGUGCAGCGGGUCCGCGGCUCUUCACCAUCCAUCAGAUCGACGCCAACACCAAUAACCUGCCCAAGGCGCACACCUGCUUCAACCGCAUCGACAUCCCGCCCUACGAGAGCUACGAGAAACUCUACGAGAAGCUCCUGACGGCCAUCGAGGAGACCUGCGGCUUCGCGGUGGAAUGAGGCGCUGAGAGAGCGGACACUUGGGAUGGAUGGCUCGGACCCCACCCUCCCCCGCCGCGUGCAAGAACGGACACUUUGGGAUUCUAUAAAUAUUAUAUAUAAAUAUAUUUUUUCCAUUACGAAAAAGUCGUACGGCGCUCGCGACUUAGCUGCUAUUUAAAGAACGUUGUACGGACCGCCGACCUUCCCGUGAAAGCGGCGUCCGGCGAUAUAUAAAGACUACUGUUAUUUUUAUACGUAAAGGGUUAACAAUUACAUUCCCUCUUCCUCCCGGAUCUCACAGCCAGAAGCAAAGAUUCAAUCAUGGCCGCCGGCGGCGAAAGUGAGCAAGGGACGGCCGCCAACAGGAGCUCCGCUACCGGAGAGUGGUGUGGCGGCCCCUCGCCCAAUACCCGGAGUGGAUUUUAUAGAUGAAGCUUGCAUUUAGUGCCGCCGGUCCGUAUCCCGCCUCACGACGCCACUUAUUUUAUUAAUUUAAUCCCGCCAUUUUUAUUCUCUGGUCGUCUGCAUUUUUGUCAUUGAAAAGGUCUUUCUGUGUUUUUAUCCUUUUUAAGAUGCGACCGUCAUGCCGGCACGGAGCGUCGGCGGCCAUUUUGGGGGAGUGUCGAAGCUCGUCCAUCGGUUCAUAGCACCAUGGCUGGCUGUGUUAGAAGCAUCAAAAGGCCACGGGGGUCGGACAAUAUGGCCGCCAUCUCCGUCCUGUGCCGGUUUAUGGAAAUGUUUUGUCGCUGCUCAUUUUCAGAACCAACAGAUCAAAUUUUUAUUUUUCUCGUGCAAACCACUGUUUCUUCCGCCCUGUUUUGUGUCUCCGCCCCAUGAUAAAAGCUACCGCCUUGUUUUUAGUAUUUUGCCAUUAUAUCAGUCGCAGCAUUAACCCAUUAACUCCCCCGUCGUCUCCGACCUCUGCUUUGUCCGUCUUGCCCCCAGUUUUCACCUGUAAAUAGAAUAAAGAAGGAAAACAAAAGGGAAUUUUCUGUGAAAAUUCUUCGCCUAUUUGUAGUGGCCGUGGCCUUUGUGUUGAGGCGCUUCAGCCAUGUUUUAUGGACCUGGAUCUUAUCAGGUAGAGGAAACUGGGCGUUAAGCAGAGACCAUGCUCCUCUGAGGCAGGAAGAGGGGCUUCUAAUUAAGCAGGGGCGGGGCUUGAUCCCAGCCACACACAUCAGAGAAGUAGAGGCAGCCUCCCGCUGCCCUCUAGGGGGUCUCAGAUGGCUUUGGGGUCUAGGGGGGAACCUUGGGGUGACUGAUCUGAGGCCAGUAGUGACUAGCAAGUAAGCCGAUCCCUAACGUGCGCCUCGGCUGCCACGGCCUACUCUCCUCAUCCUUCAGGUGCUUUUAGGUUUUUUCAGUGAUGAGCAGGGAACAGCCGGACCUCCUAAUUUCCCUUGUAGUUCCCCACCAUGCACCAGCAGUUAGACUGUACUUGCCACCUCUGGCCACUAGGGGGCAGUAGCACUUUUGGAUAGGAAUCCUGUUGAUGAGUGUCUGUGCUCUAUUGUAUCUGUAAUGAUUGGUUACUGGCCGAGACCCUCUGCUUCCUGUAGAACUACUGGUCUCGGCGUGCUGGGACUUGUAGUCUAAAAAGAAGCAGGGGCCAGCAAACUUUGUGCAGAAUCACGAGCCCUUAGUGAUACUGUCAACAGGGGGCGCUGGUUCCUGAACAGAAGUGACCAGAAUCCAGUCCACAGGGGCGCGCUGAGCCCUGGUAUGAAGCUGAGGCUAUGUCUGGGGCCCCUGCUUAUUUAGGGCCCCUCUUCCUGCUGCAGAGACUGCACUUUUAAGGCUUCAGACUCUGUCUGAUUGAAUAAACCUGUUACUGUAUAAAGAGAUAUAAGCUUCCCCUCCCCUUUCAGACCUGUAACACCCAAGGGUAACCCAUCUCCUUAGUGCCUGUCCGGGGGUUUGCGUCGCCUCUCCCUGGAAGAUCUGGGGGUGACGGGACGCUCCCCUCCACUAACUCUGGCACCAGCAUGUUAGUGAACAUAAUAUUUGCUUCAAUUUAUAGCUGAGAAUUAAAGGAAAAAGGU